CGCACGGCUCCCUUUCCUCAGCUGCCGCAAAGGUGCUCGGUUCUUCCGAGGAAGCUAAGGCCGCGUUGGGGUGAGGCCCUCACUUCAUCCGGCGACUAGCACCGCGCCCGGCAGCGCCAGCCCACCAGCCCCGCACCAUGGCCUCCGUCUCCGAGCUCGCCUGCAUCUACUCCGCCCUGAUCCUGCACGACGACGAGGUGACCGUCACGGAGGACAAGAUCAACGCCCUCAUUAAAGCAGCCGGCGUCAACGUGGAGCCCUUCUGGCCAGGCUUGUUCGCGAAGGCGCUGGCCAAUGUCAACAUUGGGAGCCUCAUCUGCAAUGUAGGGGCCGGGGGCCCUGCUCCAGCCGCUGGCGCCGCCCCGGCAGGAGGCCCCGCACCUGCGGCUGCCGCCGCCCCAGCUGAGGAGAAGAAGGUGGAAGCCAAGAAAGAAGAAUCUGAGGAGUCUGAUGACGACAUGGGCUUCGGGCUUUUUGACUGAGCAUUUCCUUGUUCAAUAAAGAGCUCAACUCCU